AUGAUGCGGUAUAUGUUUCUAUGCGCUUUGUCGGCUUUAAUUCAAAAUGCCACUGCGGGAGGUGAAUCCCGAAACUUCGAAGUUGCUUAUCCAAAGCUUCUUGAAAGCAGGGGCAUUUCGAGUGAAAAAGUGAUCCACAUUAAAGAAGGCUUAACACUUAACUUAGAAAAGUGUUCAAUACUCUCAGAAAACUUGGUUCUAACAGACCUCAGUGGCAAGGAGCCAGUUGUAACUCCGAUGAACGGAAAAUAUAUGGAACGUAACCUGUACCAUGACAAAGAGAAAAUGGCGGCGGUUGAGGUGAAGGAGGAGAAUGGAGCUGUGGAAGUGAGUGGUGUCAUCAGCGACACUCUGAGGAUAGUUCCUCGUCACCUUAUGGCUCGAGCUGAAGACGGGUCCAUCGCACACAAGAUUUUCGAAGUGGAUGCACCAGCUCAGCGUGGACAUGACUACAUUGAAACAAGGAACAUUCAACUGGAAGAGCGAUUGAAUGGACGUAAUUUAAGCACCCCGAAACAAGUACAAGUUCCAGACCCAUUUUUGAUUGAAACACUGAUUGUCGUCGACAAGCGCUUUUACAAAAACUUUGAUAACGAUACACAGCUUGUAACAUAUCUCGCGACUUCUUUGGCAACGGCGAACAUCAGAUAUUCAAACGCAAGCAACCCAAAAGUGCAACUGCUCAUCGUAAAUAUAACUAAGGACCCGGGGUCAGAUUUUCUGCGAUAUAUUUCAGUUUCAAAUCCAUCCAAGGUCUAUGCCGCAGUUCGCACAACAUUACCCCAGUUUGCUAAGAAAUACAGGAGCGCCUUGUGCGACGCAGCGAUGCUCGUCACAGGGUGGAAGCUCGCCAAAAAAAAUGGUUCAGAUGUUAACGAGCGUGUAAAAGGUCGCGCAUUCCUUGGCGGACUCUGCAAAGAACAAUCGCGUUUCGGUAUAGUGGAAGAUGUCGCUCAUACAUACUCCAUGGUUUCUGCUGCUGCUCACGAAAUGGGACACAUACUCGGAAUGCCUCACGAUGGGGACAUUCCAUCCUACCAUGUUCCAAACGUGACAUGGGAACAAUGUUCGGCGACGUCGGGAUAUCUCAUGGCACCUUCACUUCUCGGCAAAAAUGAAGCUUUUUUUUCCCACUGUUCUCUGCAACACAUGAGGGUUUUUCUAGGACGUCAGACGGAAGAAUGUUACGAAGUGAAGUCGAAGAAAGCCUUCCAAGCACCUGGCCAACUGCCGGGCGUGGGACUGAACAUGACAGCUUUAUGCAAGAGGCUACAUCCUCACGUCCCUGGAAUAAAGGGCGUACCUAUUCCGAAACAUGACGAGAAUUGUGAAUUCUUGUGUGCAUGGAAAAUUAACAAUUCCAUGCAUGCCUUCAUUCAACGCCAUGUAGAUGGAAUGCCCUGUGGCAAGGGCAGGAUAUGUUUCAGAGACAAGUGUGGGAAUUACAGCACUGAUCUGCCUCAGCUACCGACUUUGCCUACACCCCAAACAACCACAACAACGAUAACGACCACUACAGACAAUUCUUAUUACGAUGAUGAAGAUGAAGGCUCAAAUUAG